UCUCCCUCUCUCUCCCCCCCUCUCUCUGUGCAAUCCAUGAACUCAAACGAGAAAAAAUGGCGACAAACAAGACGGGUAUCAUUUCCGAGUGUUGUAUGUGCGGAGAUUCUGGUCUCUCUUACGAGCUUCUCCAGUGCAAACUCUGCCAAUUUAGAUCUCAACACAGGUACUGCAGCAAUCUGUACCCAAAAGCAGAAUCUUAUGAUGUCUGCAACUGGUGUUUAAUCAUCCAGAAAGAAGACUCAAAAGAGAAAUCCCAGACUUCUUCGACUUCUCCAACUUCAAUCUCUAACACCACCAAGAACAGCCCCAGAGAAUCAGAUCAACACCAUGACCAUCAUGGUCACGAUCAUCAUGUGACCAUCAAGAACAGGAUAAUCAAGAAGAUCAAAAUCACAAACGGCAGUAACCCUAAUGGCGAUCAGAAUAUUCAGCCAGUGCGGCUGAAGAGCCAACGAAGCGCACCUGAUCAGUUGCAGCAGCUGAAUGGGGAUGUCGUCAUUAAGAAAAAGAAGCCGUCGCCGGAGAGGUCGCUGGCGACGUCGGGGACGACACGGAGGAGGAUCAUAACGAGAGGUCGUUUAGAGGAGAAGAUGAACAUUAGGAGGACGAAGUCGGAGGAGAUUUCGAAUGGUGGCAUCAUCAAGCAUGUCUAUAGGAAUAAGGUGAGAAGGUAUAAGCUUCUCGAUGAGGUCUCAAGCUAGAAUAUAUAUAUAUAUAUAUACAUAUGUAUAUAAUUAAUAUGAAUAGAUAUUUGUACAUACAUAUCAACAAAAUGUUAAUCAUGUUUAAGAUGAAUUACAUAUACGCUACUAGCUAUACUAGUACUCCUACUUGAGUUUUUGCCAUAUAUAAGAUAUUGUUUAUAUAUAUAAGUGUAUACAUUGGUAUAUAUAUUAUCAGAAUCUUGGUUCUUAUCAAAUAAAUAUUCUGUAACUAGAUGGAGAUUGGUUCAGUGAAUAGAACCCAGAUGAGAUUUGGAAGAAGAAGGUGAUUAUAUA